AUGGAUGCCUGGGCCACGCCCUGCGGAGAGCACAUCGCUUUAAAGCCACCACAGCGUUGCCAGAUAGUGCAGAAUCGGUCCGGGGAGUUUUUGCUGCGCGCCCUCAAUCCCUUUCCUUCCGUCCUGAUGGCCACGAAGUUUGGAGGGUCCGCAGAAAUCAGACUGAGGGCAUAUUCGGUCAAGGUCAACGGGCUGCCGGGCCGUGGUCUGGAUGUGCAAACAGCGUCAGGCAAUUGGCUAAUUGGGUUGGUAACACGAGGCUUUGGGGCACUGAUCGAGGAUUCGGGAUAUCUCGUGGCCGUUGGGGCGUACUUGCUGCCGGUUGUCUCCAAGUACAGUGAGGUUGAAGUAGUGAGCCUGGCCCGCGAGCCGACAGAAGUGGGCCUUUGGGCGCCGCACAGGUUGUUUGUACUCAGUGCAAGCAUUGCGCAUGUUGCUAACAAGCUGCGGAAAUGCGGAGAGGUCAGCCGUGAAACUUUUGCUAGCAAUGGCAAAGAGGAUGAAGAUGAUGGCCGGGGAGAAGUGAAACCGGUAGAAGACCCACCCUUGCUUCCUUCGACUCCGAAGACACCGAAGACGCCCAAGGACAGCGAUCCUUCAAACGAUUCAAAAGAAGUCAGUUUGGAAAGGAAAAAGCUCAGAGCAAGAACCUGGGUACAAGACGUUCCCAGCAAAGUGCAAACACUCACAAUGAACUUGAAGAAACCUCCUGGGAAGGAAAAAUCGGCCAAGCUUGGCUUGGACAUAGAUUAUGCGGAGGAAGCAACUGCGAUACCAAUCGUGGAAGUAAAUGGUGGGCUUGCCGGACAAUGGAAUGAGGACAACCCGAUGAGGAUAGUAAGGAGCGGUGAUUGCAUCGUGGCUGUGAAUGGCAUCUCGAAAGAUGUGCCAAACAUGCUCAAGACCUGCCUGACAUGCGGUGCCCUGGAGCUUUUGAUCGUCAAAGGCACGACAGACGAGUCUGGCAUGGAGCCAGUGGCUUCUGGACUGUUAGCAGCCGAGGGGUACUACCAACAGGUGGAAGCCAAGCAAAUGGCGGCGGCGCAGUCAAACGCUGCCAGCAAGGAGAAUCCGAACAACCAGGCUACUGGGAGCCAGGGCCAGUCGGAGCAAGUCGCCCCAGAGGACUUGGCCAGGUCGUUGGCCCGGAAGCGGACCUUGAACUGGUUCGUGCGUGGCUGA